UGGAAACGGAACGAUCACAACAAACGUUAAAAACUAUCUAGGUGACAUUCUUCUACCCUCAUUAGUUUAACGUCAAUAUGUUCGGUGUUAAGCACAACGAAUGUGUCGGAUUCGACUCACGAUGGUCUGUUAAAAAAGUGUAUUAUGAGGGAUCUACACAAACUCCUCUUUACGUUUCCAAGGAUGGAACCACGAACACCGUUGAUAACAAGGAAAUUGAAGUGCAGACUGAUCCUCCUGAAGCCUUGAAAAACGUCGAUUUUGAUGUGGAUAGACUGGCAGGAUUCUUGACUAAGAUGUAUCCGAGGGUCAAAAGAGAGUUGGAUGAUUCGCACUCUAUAGCUUUUGAUAAUUACACCUUACAAGGCGAGUUAUGCGAUACGUCCAUCAAACUCUUGCAAUCGGUCGAGGUUAUACCACAAGACAAGUCGUCAAUGGAAGCAGCGAAUAUAGCUAAGUUAUCAUCUUUCUCGUGGAAUUGUAGCUCUAAGACUAUAGCUGUAUCGCUGAGCUACUCUCACCAAGCUUGGUGUUAUGAUCCAGGAUUAGUUUUAUUAUACACUUUCGACAAAGAAGACAGGUUGCCCAUUUCCCCUACCAAGAAGAUCAACUGUGAUUCUUGUGUUAGUCAGGUGCAAUUUCACCCGAGUGUGGCAUCAAUUUUGGCAGGAAUCACUCAUUCCAGUGCCAUUUUUCUGUGGAACAUACAUAACCGUGAAGAUGAAACUGUUUUGAUCAAAGUUAGUAGAACUGAUAACUUAUCAUGUCUGAACUGGAUGACUUUGGAUUAUGUUACUCUGGAUAUUGUCUUCUUGGUGACUGCCGGACUAGAUGGUACAAUAACAUUGUGGCGAUUCAAUAAUUCCUACUCCUGCGCGAAUGUUUAUAACAGGUAUCGAAUCAAACCUCCUCUGAUAGCAAAAAGUAAGGUGACAAAAUCGAAAAAUGACGCAAAGACCUCAGACCAUGGUGUUGGCAUUACCUGUUUCGACUUUUCUAAGCAUCUUCCAGAUAUGUUCGUCGUUGGAACAGAGGGUGGUUUGAUUAUUCAGUGUUCCACCUCGAAGCCUAACAAAAUCAAGGGUGGGACCGAAAUAGAUCCAUUAUAUGACCCCGUCUACCAGUACUAUAAUCCUCACGAAAGCAGUGUGAUAUCAGUUCAGUUCUCGAAGGUCAAGAAAGACGUUUUUCUGACAUCCGGAAGCGAUCGCCAAAUCAGAAUUUAUGUGAUUGACCAGGAGGAUCCUGCACGAGUUAUUUUUGACAAUUAUUCUCUCGAUAUUUUAUAUUGGGUUCCAAAUGAAAAACAGUUUGUGUUCGGAUACGGAGGAAACAGUAAAAUACAUGUUUUCAAUGUGAUAACUGGAAAAAUUCUGAAGAUUGGUGAUGAUGAGGACGAGGUGAAAACAUCACAACUGAAUGCAACGUGUUUAGUUAAUCCUCACAGGUCGAAUAUAGUGGCUGUUGGACUGAAGAAAGGAAUUUUGGAAUUGUGGUCAGUACCGUGGAGUACGUUCAGUCAAAUGAAUUCUUGAAUUAAUUGUACAAUAUAUUUUUAUGAUUACAAUAAAUAUAUCUUUUUAUUCUUC